GUCAUUGAACUAAAGACGGAAAGUGAAAGAAAACUGCAGAGAAAGCAGAAGCAGAAAUCAGACAAAACCUUCCUGUAUCUGGAGAACACCGCGGAUAUUCACUCACAGGAUGGUGUCCUCCUGUGGUUUGAAUGAGGAGCUCCAGUGCUCCAUCUGUCUGGAUGUGUUCACUGAUCCAGUCACCACUCCAUGCGGACACAACUUCUGCAGAACCUGCCUGGACCAGUACUGGACAAACACACACACCUGCUGCUGUCCGAUCUGUAAAGAGAAAUUCAGCAAACAGCCUGAUCUGAAGGUCAACAUCGCACUGAGAGAGGUGGUGGAGCACUUAAAGCAGGAGAGCCGUCCAGCAGAAUCUGAGACGAUGGAGGACAGACUGAAGAAGAUUCAAGAAAUCAACCACUCAGAGGACCCGAAUAAGACUGCUGCCGUCAGUAGAUCUCUCCUUCUUCCAUUUCAAACACUCCACAUGUCAAACUGGAUGCUCGCUAGUCUGGUGGUGCUGCUGGCUGUGUUGUUACUCUUCAUCAUGCCUGCUCCUCACAACAUCAGGUUGGAGUUGGUACAGAAACAUGCAGUGGAUGUGACUCUGGAUCAUGACACGGCGAAUCCAUUCCUCAUCCUGUCUGACGAUGAAAAACAAGUGAGUUUGGGACACAUCGAGAGGAACGUUCCAGAAAACCCAGAGCGGUUUAAUCACACUGUUAGUGUUCUGGGGAAACAGGGCUUCAGUUCUGGGAAGUUUUACUAUGAGGUGCAGGUGAAGGGGAAGACUGACUGGACUGUAGGACUGGCCAGAGAAUCUAUUAACAGAAAAGGCCAGAUCACACCGAGUCCUGAGAAAGGGUUCUGGACUGUGUGGCUGAGGAAUGGAAAUCAGUAUGAAGCCCUGGAUUCUCCAGCCGUCUCUCUCUCGCUGUCGACGAGCCCUGAGAAGGUUGGCGUGUUUGUGGAUUAUGAGAAGGGUUUGGUCUCCUUUUAUGAUGUGAAUGACGGAUCUCACAUCUACUCUUUCACUGCUCAGACUUUCACUGAAACACUCUAUCCAUACUUCAGUCCAGGCCUUAAUGAUGACGGGAAGAACUCAAAGCCACUGAUCAUCACACCUGUCAUAAUCACAUCAGCUAAUUAACCACAGGUGGAGUUCAAUAAUUAAAGCUGGAUUAACUGUG